CACGCCCGCAUAAACAUCGCGCCUGCCUUCUUUUGUUUAUCUCUCUCGUUUCAAAACUCGCUUCUCUCUCUCUUCCUGGAAUAAGCGAUGGGUUCCGAUCUCGGGCGUCGCGCCACCGCAGGAAGUGGUGCAGGAACAGACUCGUCGGCCGCAGGUGACUCAGAUCUGGAGAGGCCGUUCCUCUGGUGGGGCUCCUCCGGCAGCUUGAGAAGAAGGGGGAGCGGUGAUCUAUCGUUCAAGCCCCCACCUCGCCGCCAAUCCUUCCGGCAGGAAAUGGGCCACGCUGCCGCAGAGACGUACCUCAUUACUCGUCUUACCAUUAUCCUCCUUCAAUAUCUCGGAGUUGGUUAUCGGUGGAUUUCAAGGUUUCUUGCUCUUGGAUUUUAUGCUGUAUUACUUAUGCCUGGUUUCAUACAAGUUGGUUAUUACUAUUUCUUCUCUAAACAUGUACGUAGAAGUGUAAUCUAUGGAGAACAACCAAGAAACCGUUUGGAUCUGUAUUUGCCUCUUGAUACUAGUACACCUAAGCCAGUUGUUGCAUUUGUAACGGGUGGGGCUUGGAUCAUUGGCUAUAAAGCAUGGGGUGCUCUUCUAGGGAAACGUUUAGCAGAAAGAGAUGUCAUAGUUGCCUGCAUAGAUUACAGAAACUUUCCUCAAGGGACAAUAAGUGAUAUGAUAAAAGAUGCUUCCCAGGGGAUAUCAUAUAUAUGCAACAAUGUUGCUAGCUAUGGAGGUGAUCCUAACAGGAUCCAUCUAAUGGGCCAAUCAGCUGGUGCACAUAUAGCUGCAUGUGUGCUUCUGGAUCAGGCAGUGAAACAAUCGAAAGGAGAAAAGACAACUUGGAGUCUAUCCCAAAUAAAGACCUACUUUGGUUUGUCUGGGGGAUACAACUUGCUCAAGUUGGUCGAUCACUUCCAUAAUCGUGGCCUGUAUCGCAGAAUCUUUCUCAGCAUAAUGGAAGGGGAAGAAUCGUUGCGGCUAUUUUCUCCAGAGUUAACUGCACGGGACAAGAGUGUUGAGCCGGCUAUUUCUUAUCUCCCGCAGAUUAUUCUUUUCCAUGGAACAGGCGACUAUUCGAUACCUUCUAUUGCAAGUGAAGACUUCGCUAAUGCUCUUAAGAGUGCUGGAGCUCAAGCUAGAUUAGUCUUGUAUGAAGGCAAGACGCACACUGAUUUGUUUUUGCAGAUCAUCUGCAAACAGGAUCCCCUAAGAGGUGGUAGAGAUGAACUUCUUGAAGAUAUUAUUUCGGUAAUUCAUGCUGGUGAUGCAGUUGCAUUAGCAAAACAUGCAACAGCCCCUCAAGCAAGACGGUUAGUUCCUGAGUGGCAACUGAAACUGGCUCAUGAAAUAAGUCCCUUCUGAGAAUACAGACAGAAUAUCUAGGAUAGGUUUGUCUGGUGUUAUGUGAAAUCAAGGAAGUACCAGAAUUUCCGGUGUUAUGUGAAAUCAAAUAAGUACCACAAUUUUUCUCUUCCAGCACCAGAAGAAUCUUAACCCUGUAAUUUGUGGAACCCUUCAAGUGUUGGAAUUGAAAUCAAGCGAUAGCCAAAGCAUACCAGUGGCAUACCAAAGAAAUGAAGUGACUGCUCGAUGGCAUAAAAUGAUUGACAUCCUGUUAAAUAGUGCAGCUGAUGCCAAGAAUUUAUAUUUGAAGUAGUUCACACAUCUGACAAUUUGGUGUUACAUUGGCUUUUUUAGUCACAAUUUGAACCUUCGACAGAUAUAAUUUGUGUUGAUUCAAUUGAAUCAAGUUAUGUGUUUUUAGAUUUUUUAUAUAUCUUACAAUUAGUAAAGGAUCCAUAUAACCGAUCCUAUUAGAUGGGAUAAUGUUUAGUUGUUAUUAUUAUUGUAUAUAUUACAAUUAGCAAUAUCUAAUCGCAAAGUCGUUAUUC